GAGGUCAUCAGGCAGCGUCGGCGCCAGGAGGCUCCGUCGCACAAGACUCUCGUGGGGUUCGGCGCACACAAGAAUUGCACUUACAAGGACCUGUACGAGUCGAAGGACAGGGAGAGGAGGAGCUAUGUCCAGUGGGUUAGGGGGCAGUCGAGCAAGCCAGGGACCAGAAUGGAUGUACUGAAGAAGUACAUCCAGAUGAGGGAUGCGCAGCAGGCACCGCCCAGCUCUGCGCCCUCCGAGGUCCCCCUUGCCGUUCCGGGCUCCUCUAAGGAGGCGCCCACCACAGCUCCUGAGUCCUCAGACGCCGAGCUCCUGGCCUGCGCAGCGGAGCACGAGACGUCAGGACGUCCCCCUUCCAGAAGCCUGGAAGGCCCAGCUUCCAAAGGAGCAGCACGAGUGGCUCAGCCGCGCCCUGUUUAGGAGGAAUAAGGACGGAAGGCCCGUUCUUAUUGACUCCUUGCAGUUGUGGUGGCACCCGCCCGCACCACGCCCUGUGUUCCACCAGCCGCCAGCUUCACCCGCCCCCUUCUUCACCCGCCCCUUCUUCCUGUGGAUGCCCUACCGCAUUUGGUCGUUCAGGCUCCUGUGCAGGCAGCCCAACUGCCACCGGGCCGGGCAGCGUCUCACGUCCUGCGGCCUGUACAAGACGGUCAGGAGGGUGCUGGACAUAGACGGCUGGUACUUCAUGGCCACGGAGUACCUGGAAUGCCGUCUGUGUAAGAAGAAGGUGGCGGGCUGGUCACGGGACGUCUUGGAGCAGCUGGACCCUGCGCACCGCGCAGAGUUUCCGGCCAUCCUGACGUAUAGGUUGUCCUGUGACCUGAAGGUGGUGAGGCUGAUGCGUCAGCGCUCCCUGGGCAACAGCGUGUCCAUGCUGUAUAACAAGCUGAGGGAGCAGCACAGUGAGACCUGGAUGGCACGCACACUGCAAUAUCUGGCAGUGUGCGACAGGUUUCAGGUCCCUGGCGCUGACGCACGGCAGGUGGCACCACCACCGGCCAUGGUGCCCGUCCCCUCACCCCAGUGGCUCCUCACGGUGCAUGCCGAGGAUGUCAGGGCUCGCAUCGGGGAGAUGAAGGCCAGGGUCACCUCCAUUUUUGGAUCCGUCUUGAAGAUGGAUUCCACAAAGAAGGUGACCAAGAAGCUGGCGGGCGCGGUGGCUAGAACCAUGGCCUGGGCAACCAACGUGGGCAACGAGCACGGGCAAGUCCUCAUGCCCAUGAGGGUGAUGGGCUGUUGCCCAUGGCGACGGGGCUGA